AUGCAGGAAGGUGACCUCACGAAAGAGGUCUUACUCAGCGACCAGGAUGUCCGCAAUGCCAUUGACAGCCAGUCGUUAGAGAAACCCGAAGCUGGCAAGCAAGGUUUGGAUGCGAAGUAUUUGUCCUGGAUGGAGUCAGAGUACAAAGUUAUCAUGCUCUUUAGGGACGUGGUUACAAACCGCAAGUUCGAGUACGGCGAGCUAGUACAGGUCAAAUUGGAGAAGGAUGCAUUUGAUGCUGAGUAUCUUCGCAUGGUUGCUGGAAAGAGGCAGGUCAAGGUCAGGUAUUACGAGGACCCAGAGACCAAAACGAACCCCAAGGAGUGCAAUGCACCUGUGGAGAAUGUCACGCCAAAAGACGAUGCGAAGAGAGUCAUGCACCUCAUUAUCCUCGGCGGUGACCCACUGAAGAGAAACGAAGCGACAGUUGACGCAGAGGCGAAAAUCGACUUGGCCGUGCAGAGAUUUCAGCCGAAUCGAUGGUGGGACCAACCGAAGUGGGAGGACAAGUCCGAGGGCAAAUCCGACGGCAAGAAGGGCAAGAAGGGAGGUCGGAAGGGCAGACACCAGGAGCAGGUGUGCAUUGCCUUCGAGCGGACGGGCUCUUGCAGAUUCGGCGCUUCAUGUCCGCAUGCGCAUGGUAGCACUGGAAAGGGCGGCAAGGGCGACUGGCAACGCGGCAGGGGCAACGCUGGCAAGGGUGGCAAGGGCGACGCCCGCUCGGGCCAGGGCAACGGCAACGUGUCUGGCCUGGCGGCCCAGAGUGGUGCUGGCGCUGUUGACCAGGGCUGGCACAGCCAGAGGGCCGCUGCCGACCAGGGAGGCGGCCGCGCGGCAUGGCACAAGGACGGCGGCCAGUCCUCCGGGGCCGAGGGAGGCGGUGGCGGAAAGUGGGGUGGCGACCAGUGGAAGCAUGGCAGCCAGUCGUGGAGCGGCAAGUGGGACUGGUCCCAAGACUCAAACGCGUGGAGGAGUGGCGCUGAGUCGCAGGAGGCGAUCCUGCAACAGCGCGGUGAACAGCAGCAGGAGCAGCAGCAGCAGCAGCAGCAGCAGCAGCAACAGCAGCAGCAGCAGCAGCAGCAGCAGCUGCCCGGCCAAGACGCGCAGCAGUGGCCCGGCCUGUCGGGCGGCAUCACGCCAGUGUCGUUUCUGCAGCCCGAGGUUCAGCAGGCGGCAUACGGCUACGAGGAGGCCACGCCCGGCGGCAUGACGCCAGCGCUGCCUCUGGAGCAGCUGCAGCAUCCGCUGCUGGCUACGGCCACGGUGGGACUCGGCACAGGGUAUUCGCCCGUGCCUGGUGGUAUCACGCCGGCGCUGCCGGUCGAGCAGGCUAGUGCUCCACAGGGGUACCCGCAAAACAUUCUGGGGUGGAGGAAGCGGCAGGCCGAGUUCUUCCCGAACGAGCCGCCCCUGAAAGACGGCUGGAUCCGGCAGCUGUCGUCCUCCACUGGCCAGGUGUUCUUCGUCCGCGUCGACGAUAUGUAUUCAACACGGAACCCAGAAGAGGCGUUAGCUUGA